CCUAAAACCGUUAACUGUUAACCUUUACAAAUACAUCGAAAGAAAAAAAUACUUGAACUUUUACUUAAAGAAUGUUUUUAAUUAACAAACAAAAAUAUGCCAAAAAGAGUGCUAAUAAACAGUAAAAUAAGAACAAUUAAAACAAUUUUAAAAAUACGCCAGAAAACUAAACAAAAAACAAAGACGAUACUUUCUACAACACGCCAAAACAUAAUAUUAACGACAAAAGCGAAAUGUCAAAAACAAAACAAAAACGAUGGCGUUGGCAACAUACACGACAUCUACAAUAUAUAUAUUUGGUAAUUAUGGCAGCAGCAAUUAUUGUACCAAUUAGUAUGACAAGGUGCAACAUGACAGCGAUAACAAAUACAAAAACUUCUACGCCAGCAGCAUCUGCUGCAACAAUUGUUGAUGCAGCAACAGCAGCAGAAAAUAGUGUAAAAUUAAAUAAAACUUUAAUAAAUGUGGAAAAAUGCAAUAGUAGUAAUGUAAUUAAAACAAAUCAAACGAAAAUGUCAAUUAGUGUAAAUGAAACAUUAAAUAUUUUACAAAAUGAAAAGCAAUAUCAAGCAAUUUUAAAUAAAACAAAAACAACAACAACAAAAAACGUAAAUAACCGUCCUGUAAAUACAGAGUGUAUAAAAAAAGUUAACAAUAUAGAAACAACAAGAAGAAGAAGAAGAUUGCAAACAACACAGCAACACCAAAUUGCAUUUAAAAAUAUAUUACAAUCAUCAUUGGCAACAAGAGCAACAACAACAACAGCAGCAACAUCGACAAAAAUCAAUGACAAUCAUUUUACUUCCUUUUCCUUUUUAUCACCAACACCACCGUCAACAACAACAGCACCCUCACAAAAUAAACAUUCGUUUGCAUUCCAACGCCAACGUCGCUAUUCAAAACACAAAUUUUAUUCAAAUUCUUCUAUGUCUAACAAUUCUUCCUCAUCCUCCUCUGAAACCUCUUCAUCAUCAUCUUUACCCGUUUCAUUGGGUCUGUGGCAGCAACAGUAUUUAAAGGUUAAUCAAGUUUUCGAAAGUGAACGUAUUUCAAGUCGUAACAGUAAUUUACAACAAAAUCGUGGUAAAAUCGUUUUACUUGGUCUUUUUGAACUUUCAACGAAAACGGGUCCGCGACCAGAGGGUUUAAGUGAAUUGAUUGCUGCCCAAAUGGCUGUCGAGCAUAUAAAUAGUAAGAACUUAUUGCCGGGCUAUACGCUGGAGCUGAUGACGAACGAUACACAGUGUGAUCCCGGUGUUGGUGUCGAUCGUUUCUUUCAUGCCAUUUACACACAACCCUCUACACGCAUGGUCAUGCUGUUAGGUUCGGCCUGUUCCGAAGUCACCGAAAGUUUAGCUAAAGUUGUGCCCUAUUGGAAUAUAGUACAAGUAUCUUUUGGUUCUACCUCACCCGCCCUUAGUGAUCGUCAAGAGUUUCCCUAUUUCUAUAGAACGGUAGCACCCGACUCUUCUCACAAUCCCGCCAGAAUAGCAUUUAUAAGACGUUUUGCUUGGGAUACGGUAACGACAUUUUCACAAAAUGAAGAAAUUCACUCGUUGGCCGUUAAUGAUUUGGUAACCGAACUGGAGGCGGCGAAUAUAUCUUGUGCUGCCACCAUAACUUUUGGAGCCACCGAUUAUAAGGAACAAUUGCUGUUGCUACGUGAAAGUGAUACACGUAUUAUAAUUGGUAGUUUUUCUCCAACUCUGGCUCCGCUGAUCUUGUGUGAAGCUUAUCGUUUGCGUAUGUUUGGUGCCGAUUAUGCUUGGAUUUUGCAUGAAAGUAUGGGUGCUCCUUGGUGGCAUGAACUCUCUGGCACCGGUUCUUAUUGUUCGCAGUCCGAGUUGCAGGCAGCUGUGGAAAAUUUAAUUAUUGUUUCCAGCCACAAUAGUAUUGUGGGCAAUGAUAUGAGCUUAAGUGGUUUGAAUAAUGACAUGUUUUACAUGCAAUUAAACAAACAAUCGGAAAAAUUUCAGCAGAAUUUUAACAAUCCUGAUAAUUUCUACAAACAACAUAAAACUCGUGCCACAACAACAGCAACAACAAGUGGCAAUAGUAAAAAUCGCAGAAACGUUAAAACAAACCACGAAACCACAAAAAGUGUAAGAGCAAGAGACGCCAACAAGGGCAAAAGGAACAUUAAUGAAAUGAAUACUUCUGCAUUAACCAGCUUCACAACUGCAACAUCAUCUGCCACAACUUUAAAGGAAACCUUUUCUGCUGCUGCUGACACCGUUACCACCGAUUCUCCAACGAACGUGAUUUCCCGUUAUGCUCCCCAAACGUACGAUGCUGUUUGGGCUAUUGCUUUAUCACUGCGUGGCGCCGAACAACGUUGGCGUAAGGAUGCCAUGCAACAAUCGAAAUUAGAUCGUUUCGAUUAUACACGCAGUGACAUGGCCAGCGAAUUUUUACAACAAAUGGGAAAAUUGGAUUUUUUGGGUGUAUCGGGUCCUGUUUCGUUCAGUGGUCCUGAUCGCAUUGGCACCACUGCCUUCUAUCAAAUACAAAAUGGUCAACUCGAGCCAAUAGCGUUAUAUUAUCCCGCCGCCAAUGCAUUAGACUUUCAGUGUCCACACUGUAAACAUGUUAAAUGGCAUGGCGGUCAGGUGCCAAUAGCAAAAAGGGUUUUCAAAGUACGUGUAGUGACAAUAGCACCUUUGGCAUUUUACACAAUUGCCACACUGGCGUCAGUGGGUAUAGCGAUGGCAUUGGCAUUUCUGGCAUUUAACCUGCAUUUUCGUAAAUUAAAAGCCAUUAAAUUGUCAAGUCCAAAAUUAAGUAACAUCACCGCUGUGGGUUGUAUUUUUGUCUAUACUGCUGUCAUACUUUUGGGUUUGGAUUAUUCCACUUUGCCUUCACAUGAGGAUUCUUUUGCUACUGUUUGCACGGCACGAGUUUAUUUGCUGUCAGCUGGGUUCUCGUUGGCCUUCGGUUCAAUGUUUGCCAAAACAUAUCGUGUUCAUCGUAUUUUCACACGCACCGGCAGUGUUUUCAAGGAUAAAAUGCUACAGGAUAUUCAACUUAUUUUAUUAGUUUGCGGCCUGUUGCUAGUCGAUGGUCUUGUUGUCACCUUAUGGGUUGUCACUGAUCCCAUGGAACGGCAUUUGCAUAAUUUAACAUUGGAAAUCAGCAAUAUAGAUCGAAGUGUUGUCUACCAGCCGCAGGUGGAAGUCUGUCGUUCACAACACACACAAACCUGGCUGGGAGCUCUAUACAGCUAUAAGGGUCUUUUGCUGGUGGUUGGUGUCUAUAUGGCCUGGGAAACACGUCAUGUAAAAAUACCAGCUCUCAAUGAUUCACAAUACAUUGGAGUGUCUGUGUACAGUGUUGUCAUAACAAGUGGCAUUGUAGUGGUUUUGGCAAAUCUUAUAUCCGAACGUGUUACAUUGGCUUUCAUAACGAUAACAGCAUUAAUACUCACCUCAACAACAGCCACUUUAUGUUUGCUUUUUAUACCCAAGUUGCAUGACAUAUGGGGGAGAAAUGAUGUUGUUGAUCCUGUUAUCCAUAGCAUGGGCUUAAAAAUGGAAUGUAAUACUCGCAGAUUUAUGUUAGAUGAUCGGCGUGAAUUGCAAUAUAGAGUAGAAGUACAAAAUCGUGUGUAUAAAAAGGAAAUAGCUAAUUUAGAUGCUGAAAUCAAAAAACUGGAAAAAAUGCUAGAAUCUGGUACAGCAUCAACGACUACUUCAUCAUCUACUUCUAUAUUUGCGGCGUUAAAGCCUGAAGUAACCUUUACCAGCGACACUUUUACCCACCUGCCCGCUCCUAGUCAUGGCAGUAAGUCACGCACACCCAGCAUAUCAGGUAUUUUACCAAAUCUUUUACUCUCGGUACUACCACCCGUAAUACCCAGAGCUAGCUGGCCUUCGGCUGAGUAUAUGCAAAUACCUAUGAGAAAAUCAGUAACAUUUGCCUCUCAACCACACCUUGAAGAUCGUACCAUAGCCGAAUCUUGUUUGCCGGCACAAGAUCUACUGAAUUUGCGUUUAGCCCACCAACAUGCUACCGAAGCGAAAACCGGUCUAAUCAACAGAUUACGUGGCAUCUUUACACGCACACAAUCUAGUAAUAAGGGUUCUUUAGCCAGUCUAGCGGAUCAGAAAGGCAUUAAGGCUGCUCUGAAAACACACAUGGGUCUUUUCACCCGCCUCAUACCCUCCUCUCAAACAGCCUCCUGUAAUGCCAUAUAUAGUGAACGAAAAUCGGAAGUAGAUUUAUGUCUCCAUCAAACGGGAGAUAAUAAUCUUAAACCGCUUAAACGCAAGUCAUUAGCCAAAAGUGGCACUCACUUAGAUGUAACACCCAUAGAUCCUAAUUUCCUACCCAUACCCACCAUAUCAGCUGAGACCAUAGAUAUAGCUCAGCAGUGUCAGACACACUAUCAGCCGCAACACACACAGUCCACGUUUAAUGUACCCAUAAUCGAAGUAGAAAAUAAGUAUAUUUUAGAACCCGAAACUAAAGUUAAUUUUCAAUUACCCGCCAAUCGUAGACCGUCAAUAGCUCAAAUUCAUCCCUCGCUAAGGGAGAGAGUAAAAGGUUCUCCUAGAUUUCCUCAUAGAGUACUACCGAUUGCCAGUAGUUUAAGUGCUCUAGAGGAAACCAACGAUCGGGGUUCAGUGAAAGGUAGAAUGUCUUUGAAAAGAGCUUCUAUUGUGGGUAAUUGGAAAUCGAUGGAGGUUUCGUCGGGCACUAGACUUUCUUUAACCGAUUCUCAUGAUGAUAUGCGCAAAAUGGAAAAUAUAACAGUGGAAAUUAAUAAUAAGGGUAAGGAGGAUAUUAUAACGGUAGAAAUAACGCAUGUAACCGAGGACUAGGAAAUGUUGAAAUGUUAAUCGUUUUAUUAAAUUAUAUUUUUUUAUCAAAAGUUUAAAUUUUCCGAAAUUUCAUACAUGUAUCAGUCAAAAAGUUCAUUUGUCACUUUUUGCACGAACUGAUCCUUAGAACAUUUUCUCAGCAGAUCAUCUAAAC